UUAUAAGUAGAUCGAGCGUAAUGGAGCUUUUGUACAUGAUCUUAAUUAGUUCUGUGCUUACCUGUGUUUCUCUCUACUACGUUUUUAACAAUAUCCAUGUCGCCGGCGGCAUGAAAAAUGUAAAACUUGAUCGUCAUCCGCUCCCACCUGGAAGCACAGGAUGGCCAAUCAUCGGUGAAACCCUAGAGUACCUAAGCACGGCUAAAAAGGGUGUCCCGGAAAAUUUCGUGUUAGACAGGAUAAACAAGUACUUGUCAUCCGCCGGCAAUUCUUGCAAGGUUUUCAAGACAUCGCUGUUGCUUCAAGACAUGGCAGUGCUGUGCACUGCGGGAGGAAACAAGUUCCUCUUUUCGAACGAGGAAAAACUGGUCAAGUCGUGGUGGCCGGCUUACUUGGAUAAGCUUAUCGUUGGUAACUCAGAAAAAACACUCAAUAUUACUGAGGAGUCCAAUCGAUUUCGCAUGAUUCUCGCUCCGUAUCUGAAGCCUGCCGGCCUC